AUGUCGUCUUCGGGCUCAUCAUUCACUUCAUCAUCUCUCGGUCGCCCUCCUACCUACGGACGAACAUACGUCAGUCCCGUCGAUUCAACCUGGACUACUCCAACCUCCGGCAUAUCGACCAUCUCUGCUCCGACCACGGAGGGAUCAGGAACCGGGACCUCGGUACUUGAUCUUGGGCCUCCAGGGUUCCAAGCAACAAUAAUACUCUUCCAAGACACUGCCGACGAACGGGUCAUUUAUCUAGGGCCUUGGGAAGUGGUGGGCUCCGAGCAGCGUCGUGUGCUCUGGCAAGGCAGCUAUCAGAACGAACUGCUGGAACACUACUUGCCCUCAGAUACCCCAUCUGAUAUACAUCCGCAUACGCUACACUCCCGUCAUCGUCCAUACUACGACGCUUCCGAUAUGGAACGUUACGUGACAUUUCAGGAACCUCACCGGGUUCGAUAUACCACUGACGAAGGAAUUUGCAUACACGAUCAAUAUAUCACAAUCAGAUACGAAUUUACAACAGUAGAAAGCUCUAUCCAGUUCCAAGGAGAUUUGCGCAGGAAGGAUCUGGUCGACUUUUACGAUGUCGACGUUGUCUGGACAAACGUUCAUGGACGUACGGACGGCUUUGGCAAGGUGAAGGUGUAUGCGCGAACAAGACGGACGGUCAAUAUCGAGAAUACCAUAUACACUGUUUCGAUGGUGAGCUUCGUGGAAGGGACGACCGCGCGAAGCAGCUUCGACUCAAUGCAUCCGGCCGGCGACACAAUUCAGGUGACGACCAUCAUUCACACCGACGCUUCUCGCUACCGCACCGUAUGCGAUCUCGAACAAGAACAACUGAUUCUUCAGAGCCGAGAUCCGUACAGCAGCCAACACUUGACAUACGAUAUCUAG